AUGACAAGAAUUCGUUGGCGUACAUUUCAAAUUCACUCAGCUGGUAGAACUCCUGGAUUAUACAUCCUAAAUCAGAAUUGUGUUGCGAAUCGGACAAUCUAUUGUUUGUUGAAAUACCAGCCCCUAACACACAGAACAAUGGAGUAUCACAAUAACGCGAGCCGCUGGAGAUGGUAUGUGUCUGCUUUCUUUAUCUUCAUCACUUUUCUGAAUCCGGCAUCUUGUGUUACUCAUUACUCUAUACCAGAAGAGAUGGAAAUAGGCACCGUUGUGGCAAAUUUGGCUGCAGAUUUGAACAUUGACGUGAAAUCACUAAGCAGAAGGAAAAUGCGACUGGAUAACAUCGCUAACAAGAAAUACCUUGAGAUUAACAAAGACACGGGGGAGCUCUUCAUCUUAGACCGAAUAGACAGGGAAAACCUUUGUACUUCCAAAUCAGAAUCGGCAUGUGUGCUUAAAGUAGACGUCUCAUUAGAAAAUCCUGUUCGUAUGUUUUAUAUUGAACUUGAAAUACUGGAUAUCAACGACAAUGCGCCACAUUUCCGGCGAGACACUAUGCAUCUGGACAUUUCAGAAUCCACGCCUACUGGGGAACGAUUCUCUUUGACCAAUGCUGUGGAUCCUGACAUAGGGUCAAAUUCUAUCAAAACGUAUUAUCUUAGCGAGAGUGAAUAUUUUAGCAUAGAAAUACAAGCCGGCCGAGACGGAUCUAAAUUCACGGACUUGAUUCUAAAAAAAGCUCUUGACCGUGAAGAGCAAAGUGUGCAUAAUUUAAUACUCACAGCUGUGGACGGAGGGGUACCUGCCCGGUCUGGUACAGCUUCGAUUAUGAUCAGAGUUUUAGACACAAAUGACAACGCACCGAAAUUUGAUAAGGAAAGCUACACCAUUGAACUACCAGAAAACUCUCCCAUUGGUAGUCUUGUUGUAAAACUCAAUGCGACAGACCAGGAUGAAGGUUCCAAUGCCGAGAUCACAUAUCUGUUCAGCUUGUAUACAUCUGAAAAAACACAGCAAACAUUCUCUUUAAAUCCUGAUAGUGGCGAGAUCAGAGUCAAAGACAUGGUAAAUUAUGAAGAUUUUAAGAUUUACGACAUGGAGGUAGUAGCAAAGGACAAAGGCGCUAACGCUUUGUCUGAGAAGUGUAAACUAACCAUAUUAAUUACUGACAUGAACGACAAUCAUCCUGAAAUUUCAGUCAAAUCAUUUCAAAGUACAGUAAAGGAAGAUGUUGAAUUGAACACUGUCAUAGCUGUCUUCAGUGUCAGUGAUAAGGACUCGGGCGACAAUGGUGUUGUAGAUAUUAAAAUUAAUGAUAAAUUGCCAUUCACCUUGAAGGAAUCUUCAGAUAACUAUUAUGAAUUAGUAGUGGCCAAACCCUUGGACCGAGAAAAGGUGCCCGAAUAUGAGAUAACGAUCACAGUGACUGAUAGAGGCACGCCACCGUUGUCUGACAACGAGACUAUAACUUUAGAACUUCUUGAUGUUAACGAUAAUGUUCCCAAAUUUAAUCAAACAUUCUACACGAUACCAGUAACUGAGAAUAAUGCACCUGGUGCACUACUGGCUUUGAUUACAGCUGUGGAUCCUGACCUGCAUGAAAACCAAUACUUGGUUUAUUUCAUCAUAGAAAAAGAAAUAGCAAACACCUCCAUGUCCAUGCUAUUCUCCAUUAACCCAGAGAAUGGCCAUCUUUACGCACUGAAGACGUUUGACUAUGAGAUAGAGAAGGAGUUUCUUUUCCACGUUGAGGCUAGGGAUUCAGGUGUCCCUCCACUUAGCAGUAACGUCACAGUUCACAUCAUCAUUAAGGACCAAAAUGACAACACUCCUGUGAUAGUGUCUCCAUGGCGUGCGCAUGGCUCUGUGGUUGAAGAAAAGAUUCCCAGAAAUACCGACAAAGGAUCUCUCAUCUCUAAAGUAAUUGCCAUCGACACAGACUCUGUGCACAACUCCAGAAUCACAUAUCAGUUUCUCCAGAACACAGACGCUACAUUAUUCAGCCUGGAUCAGUACAAUGGAGAGAUCCGAACCAUGAGGAUGUUCAGCUACAGAGACCCGCGUCACCAACGCUUAGUGGUGAUCGCCAAGGACAAUGGAGAGCCUGCGCUCUCUGCCACUGUGACCAUCAAACUCUCCACGGUGGAGACCGCCAUGAAGUCCUACUCUGACAUGACUGAAGUCCCAAUAGAGUACGACAUAUUUUCGGACUUGAAUCUCUAUCUGGUGAUUGGACUGGGCUCAGUGUCGUUCCUGCUACUCAUCACCAUUCUGGUCACCAUCGUGCUGAAGUGUCAGAAACCGAAGCCCAGUAAAUCACUUCCUCCAAGCAGGAACAGCGUGGCCAGUAGCGUGGACAGGAACUCAGGCUUUGCAGACUCCACUCUGGUCUCCAAUGACGCCUACUGGUACAGUAUGUUCCUGGCGGAGACCCGUAAAGGGAAGCUGGUUGUGCGCCAACCGGCGCCAAAGGGGCAGAGAUACAUCGUCUCCAGCCUGCCAAGAAGUAUAGGUCUGACUGAGACCAGCGGGUCAGCUACAUCUACACUGCAGUACUCAAAAUGAGAGAGAUCCCUUCUCACAGCUGGAGGCGUCUACAACCACCAGUAGCAGUUCCUCGUGAGGCCUCUCCCUUGCUAUACGACCAUCGCUGGAGGGACGUCAGGAGGAACGUGAACAUCCGAACAUCCUGACCCUUUGACCCCAAACCUGACCCAUGUCCUUCAUUGACACUGGCUCCUUGUGAGGCCCCUCCCUGCCUACAACACCAUCGCUGAGGAGACACCAGAAGGAAUACCAACUGAAAUUCGAAAACCUGACCCUUGACCUCAAACCUGAUUCAUAUCCUUCAUUGACACUGGCUCAAUUUGAGGCCCUUUCCUGUGGACACUAUCAUUGCUGGAGAGAUAUCAGGAGGAAUACCCCCAGAAUGCCAAAAUCAUGACCUUUGACUCAAAACAUGAUCCAUGUCCUUCAAGGACCCCUCUGGCUACAAUGACGCUGGAGAGACAUUGGACGAAUACCCGCCAAAAAUUCCCACCAUGAACCUUGACCCGAAAUCUGAAUCUGAGCCUGAAGAUGCCCCUCCUAGGCCCAGAUUUGGCUUCACCACUGCAUGAAAGGGAGGUCAUGUGGAGUACCCCUUAAAAAUCCUCACCAUGUCUCUGACUCUGUCCCUAACCCCCUCAACUCCCUUUCCAUUUGUAUAGGACAGUGCCACUAGGGAAACAUCAAGAGGAACAUCAUUUGACAUCCGUAAUUCAGACCCAAAGCCUGACCAUCAUCCCCAUGGCCUUUGGGCCUUAUGCAGGCUUCCUUGCCCUCCUGGACUGUGGAAAAUUACCCCAGUGGACCCUGAGGCCCACCUGUCCCUAUUCACAAACACACAUACACACAAACGCACACACACACACACACAGGCAUGCAUAUCCCUCCUAAAACACACACACACACACACACCUCCAGAAGGCACUACAACGCUGGAACACUAUCACCAUGGACACACACACACACACACACACACACACACACACACACACACACACACACACACACACACACACCAAAGCCUCUCCAUCCAGCCAGGCCGUCCUCACAUGCAACACCUGCAUAGUAUCAGCUGUGAUGCUUGUGUUCCUUUGUUUCCAUGUUGAUCACCAGAAUGGAUUAAGGACAAUUAGGACGCUUUGCAAUGGAUGUGGACAUUACAUGGGAAUACUGCAAAUACUACAAAGAUCGCCAGUGCUGGAGAUGCAUCAAUGAAUACGGAAUCAUCUGUGGGUGAGGAACUUGAAAGGGCAGCAUGCAGGUGAUAUUGUCUGGUCCCAAAGAGUUGUGUUAUGUGGAUAGAGAGAGAGAAGGGGAGAUGAGAGAAAGUGUGUGUGUGUCCGUGUGUUUGUGUGUGUGUGUGUGUGUGUGUGUGUGUGUGUGUGUGUGUGUGUGUGUGUGUGCAUAAAAAACAGAGGGUGGAGGGGACAAGGAAAUCUACAGUAUAAGAGCAAAAAAGAGGGUGUCUUCAGAAUAUGUACAAAUUACCAUUAUCAGCUUAUUGAGCAUGUAUUUGUUUCUACAAAAUGCCUGCAACAGUCCACCAUAUUCAGUAUGUACUGGACAGUAUACAGAUUCAUCCAGUAUAAUCUAGUAUAAUAAGUCUCGCAAGGUGUUAACUCAUGACUCAUAACACAUUAUGCAGCAUCUGAAGUGAACCACUCCACAGUACAAAGUGUACCUUCAUUGUUCUACUGCUUCAGCAGGUUAUCAAGAUCUCAUCCUUCACAUUAUGUCAGAUGAAAUCAGGCUGUACACCUCUUCUGCAGUGCUGGACAUAGCUCUAAAACACACAUCCUCCACUUCUUCCUUUGUCUGCUUCUCAUGUACAGAGGCGCAUGCAGUACACAUACGUACACUCACAUACGUACACACACACACACACACAUCCCUAAUAGCCCCCUAAUAUGGCUUUGCUGGUCCAACUUUUAAAUAUUUAUAAACACCUCGAUGCUGGGCGUCAAUGCUUGCCCUUAUUAGUAAAUCUUGAGGCUGAUAUCUGUUGUAAUCACUGACAGCAAGCCUCUUGAUCAGCAACGAGCUUUACAAAAAACAACAAUCAAGCACGGUUAAAAAAAAUGACAUUCAGAUGGUCAGGCCAAAUUCCAGGGUGCUGAGAAAGCCUUAGUGUAGUAAGGAAUGCUUCACCACUGGGCCCAGUGUUAAAGGGGU